AAUUCAGGGAGACAUCAGUUCCCAGCUCAACAGCUCCACCAGUGAUCUUCAUGACCUCACCAGACAGUUGGAGAAAACUAACGCUAUCAUUGAGGUGCUACAGUCACUAUGCAAAGUAAUGAUCAACCCCGUAUGGCAAGACAGGUUAACAGUUUACUGACAGACUUUCAGAGCUUCGUCCAGAAUAGUGAGUUCCUGCAAGCAGCCGAUGCCAUCAAUGAAUUGGUUAAACAACAUGGUGACUCCACUGUGGAACCAGCCGUAUGAGGACCAGCUGUCCACCAAACAGACCAACACCAGGGAGUUUCUGAGGAAUUUAUCCAAGAUGCUGCAACGGAACAUUGGGGAGAUGUCUCCCUGGCUGAAGCAACAAAGGAAGAACCACAGUGGGAUGGAAUGUGAGUUGCAGCCAAUUAAGCCAUCGCCAGUAUUAGAGAGUUAUGACAACAAGUGUGAGUUUACCAUCGGCAAGAGUGUAGAUGGCAUCGAUAACACUGUUGGUUUCCGGCUUGGCGCUUACAAAGGUAAGUAUUUCCUCUGAAGUUUCAUUUUGGUAAAAGACGUAGAUCAGCUUUCAUGUUUGAUUAGAUCGGCUGUCGAGGGGCGUGGCCUAUUAGUAGCUAAUGCUGAUCAACUCCAACCAAUCAGAAUGCAACACACAGAAAGAUUGACAGGUGUACAUAUUGUGCAUUCUCUAUUAUGUCUGUCAGGAAUUAAUUAUUGAAAAGAAAGAAACAAGCCACAAAAGACUUAAACCCUUGUCAUCCCCUUUGCUAACCAAUAUGUUGACUUACUUUUGUGGCAUGAAUAUUGCGGGUAUAUGUUUGUACUUUCAACAUUGACCAGCAAGCUCUUUUAC